AUGUCUGCUUCAGACAAUGAGUGCUUCCAUUCCGAAAAAAAGCGCAGUCCAAAUGUCGUCGCCAGCCGCCGCGGUCGCUGGGUGGUCAAGCUCGCACUCGCGCUGUUUCUUAGCCGCCAGGGCAUAACGGAAGCGGGCGAGUUAUCACGCAUUCAUAGCGAGCUGUGGCGGCACGACUUCCUCGGAGAGGAAUCGCUGGUGAGGGGCUAUGCUCCACCAGGCACCGAUCUGUUCGCCGCCGAGAGCAUAUGGAAGCAGCUACUCGGGCGCAUGUGGCUGAAGAGCGGCUUCGAUGCGUGCGAGGCGGCGCUUGAGCCGUACUUCAAAAAGAAGUACAAUGAAUACCGUCAACAUGAAGCCCAGGAGCGUCAGUUGAGGGAUGCAAACGAAUGUGCUGAACCUGUUCACGAUCCUGUUGAGCUGUCCGACACGACCGAAGCAAAUGCUGCAGGAGCAGGGCCCGCGCCCAUGCCUGCUGCUAGCGCAUCUAUUGACAAGCCGCUUCUGGAGCAGCUCACAAAGUUGUACCAAAAUGCGGUACAGUACGCACGUCAAGUACAGUUUGCUGCGAGCCAAUGUAGCCAGGGGUGGAUUCCCGCGGAGGAGCUCUUUGCCCACCUACAAGGGGACAAAUGCGACUGCCUGCAUGAUGAUGGUGUGGCGCACGCCGAGGCGGUGCAGCUGCCCACAACGCCGUGGCAACUGAUAGCAUCGCUUCGCUCUCUCGAUCUGCUGGGGCGUCUGCAGUUCAGCCAAGCUACUGACGCUGUUACCGCGGCAGGUGAAGCAGAAACAGGUGUGGGUGAGACAUGGCGCGUGCGUGCGGUGUGGGCACAUCGUGAUGCGGCAGUCAGCGCAGAUGUACUCAUUAGCCACCCACUCAUGUCCCUUCGGCGUGCGUUGUCCCUGUUGGCCCCUGGUACUGCGUGCUAUGAAUUUGUAGAGGACAUAGAACGUUGGCGGCGUGCUGUACAGAAACACGGCGGGCGCCAGGUUUUUGCCGUUCACUCCUUCUUUCGUAUUGUACCAGGUGAUGCGCUGCUGCAUCGAGGGGACGCUAACAAUGAUAACAAGGAGGAGACGUUGUGGGCAGCCGCGCUGGCGGCAAACAAUGUGACGUCAAAGUCAGCUUUUGUCCGCAUAUCGCCUACAUUUUUGGAGCGGCAUCUCGACCGCUGUGUGCGAGUGGUGUGUCAGGAACCUGAUAUGCCCUCAGCGGCGGCGGCGCUACUACUGCCUCUGGGGGAGAUACUCCAGCAAUUCGUCAGAAGGCCGGGCCCAGACAUGUCCAUCGUACACGCUGCUGUGCUGUACGGCGACGGCACCUCCCCCGACAUCACCGUCGAGGCGCUGCGUGUUGGAGAGACGAGCGCCAAUGCUGAGGAAAAUGAGGAAGGGACGAAACACGGCGUGAAUGGUGGUGUCAACAACACGGCCCCUUGUUGCUUAACGCCGCAGUUUAUCCAACUGGAGGGAUUGACGACCGUGGAUGACAAAAGUACGGAGGCCACUACCAUCGACGUAGCGGCGUUGCCAAAUGUUGUUCACUUUGACGCUGCAGAAGCCCGUAGCUUGCUGCGUUUUACUAUGCGAGAAUGCGCGUUGGCGGCUAAUGCGAUGCGCGCUAUUCCCCUCGCCACUCUCUGCAGCAGAUGGCUGGCUGGGAGCGCGGCUGUACAGAACUGGGCGUCUGCGUCCGCAGCUGGUGAGUUCGACGCGCUGUCGAUUGUACUGCCGUGCAAGCGGUGCAGCACUGGCAGUGCAUUGCACGGCCGCGCCGCGGCGAUCAAACAGCUGCGUGCGGAGCUCAGGGCGGGCCACUUUGGCCCCGUGCGUGCUUCAGCAGAGCACAAGCAGCAAUUAUUCACGGUGUACUUUGAGGCUAGCCCGAAUGGCGACGAGAACAGUGCCAAAGCGCUCCCUAUGACGCCGAUGUUGCUGCUGCUUCCACGACAUGCUCUUGACGUGGGCACGCACGCAGAGACGGAUUCGGACGGGCUGGCAAGACGCUGCCGCGCGGUGUUGGUGGUGCCGUUCAACAGAGAUGGCAAUAACAGCGAAAACAGUGAGGGGAUGAAGAGCUACGUGGCGGUGGGGCUCAGUGAAGAAGAGGCGCUACGAUGCCGUGAGAAUGGCGGUGAACUGCUGCAAUCCGUGGAGGUGCUCGUGGACGAGUGGGUGCUUAAUGCGUCGCCGUCCAUCGUGGAUGUUGUUGAGCGCGAGUUCAUCACACCAGUAGAGCACAGCCUCCGCCUCCCGCCCGCACCAUUGGUCUUCAACGAACUACCCGAGGAGCAACAGACGUCGCUGUUGCAGAGCCUGCGACAACAACUCCAGCUGGCGAUCACGCCGGGAAAAAACGAGGCGCUGGAGUACCUUGGCGACGCGGUGCUGGACUUCGUCGCCGCGCAGGAGAAACUCGCAGAGUGGUCGCACGGCCCGGUCGUCAAGAGCACGUCGAACGCCGUACUCGCUCGUCAACUACCGGAGGAGCUGUGCGAGUACUUGAGUGUGGUAUACAACAUCUCCGGGAGGAAGCAGCGGGCAGAUGUGGUUGAGGCGCUCUUCGGCGCGGUGGCGAUGGCGCUUUGGGUUAUUCCUCGCAGCGCUGCGGCAAACAGGGCGGCCGGGCUUCUCCCCUUCGCCGUCGUGCUGCGUGCCGUGCGGGCGUUGGCGGGGGCGCUGGAGAUUGCCCUGAUCUAG